GACGCGAACAGGAUGAAGAGGAGGAGGCAGAAAUGUGUCGGAUAAGUGCUGGAGAUGGAGACGAGAAACGCGCGCGGUGGAUGAAUAUCUGAGGAGCGGUCUCCUUUGCGCUCAAUGCCAGCGGGGUCUGACCGGGGAAGGUGGAGGGAUGGAGAAUGCCAAUCAGCUUAAACCGACGCCUACCAUCUACGGAGAGCUGCUGAACAUCUCGACCAACGACACCCAUGCCAAUUUCACGGCGAAAGCGGAGCCCAAGGACAGUAGCGUGGCUCUCCAGGCGGGUCUGGCCGUCACCUUAGCGCUCAUAACUUUGGCCACGACGCUUUCAAACGCGUUCGUCAUCGCCACCAUUUACCAGUCCCGCAAACUGCACACGCCAGCAAACUUUCUGAUCGCGUCGCUGGCGGUCACGGACCUACUGGUGUCCAUCCUGGUGAUGCCCAUCAGCGCGCUGUACACGGUGAGCCAGACGUGGACGCUGGGGCAGGUGGUCUGCGACAUCUGGCUGUCCUCGGACAUCACAUGCUGCACCGCGUCCAUCCUGCACCUGUGCGUAAUCGCGCUGGACCGCUACUGGGCCAUCACCGACGCGGUGGAAUACUCCAAGAAGCGCACGCCGGCGCGCGCAGCCGGGAUGAUCGCCACCGCCUGGGUGAUCGCCAUCUCCAUCUCCCUGCCGCCGUUCUUCUGGCGCCAGGUGAAGGCGGAGGAGGUGACGAGCUGCAACGUGAACACCGACCACAUUUUUUACACCAUCUACUCCACUUUCGGCGCAUUCUACAUCCCCACGCUGCUGCUCAUCGCCCUGUACGGGAGGAUAUACGUGGAAGCCCGGAAGCGCAUCCUGAAGCAGGCGCACAAGCCGGGGAAGAGACUCACCUCUGCGCACCUGAUCACCAACUCCCCCGGCUCGGUGGCGUCCACCACGUCCCUUAACUACGGGACCAACGACUCCUCCUCCUGUGACACUACCUCGUCCGCGAACGUGAGCCAAGUCAAAGUCACUGUGUCCGACGCGCUGCUGGAGAAGAAGCGCAUCUCGGCCGCCAGGGAGAAGAAGGCGACCAAAACUUUGGGAAUAAUCCUCGGAGCCUACAUCAUCUGCUGGCUGCCGUUUUUCAUUUACACUCUUUUAGUGCCUCUGUGCGAUUCCUGCUUCCACCCGGAGCUAUUUGACAUUUUCACCUGGCUCGGUUACCUCAACUCCUUAAUCAACCCCAUCAUUUACACCAUGUCCAACGAGGACUUCAAGCAGGCUUUCCACAAACUGAUACGGUUCAGAUGCUUCAGGGCGUGA